AUGUCGGACGAUGCAGCAAUCAAACAACUCGAGGAUGUCCUGGCGCUCCAGAGGAAAGCAUUCCUGAAGAACCAGUGCCCCUCUAUCGAGGAACGAAAAGCCAAUAUUGGGAAAAUCCCAGGGAUGGUGAUUGGAAACCGAGAAGCCAUCCUAGCUGCAAUGAACAAGGACUUCGGCAACCAUCCCAAAGCAAUGGUCGACAUGGUGGAAAUCUUGGGCGUAGCAGGAAGAGCUGCAUAUGUCUUGUCUCAGAUCGACAAGUGGACAGCUGCUGACUCCAGGGAUGUUGAUGCACACAUGUACGGAGCCGACGCCACUGGAGAGAUACGGUAUCAGCCAAAGGGUGUGGUUGGAAACAUCGUCCCAUGGAAUUUCCCUCUCGAUCUAUCACUGGGACCGCUAUGCGAGAUGCUCGCUGCUGGGAAUCGGGUGAUCAUCAAACCGUCAGAAUUUACUCCAGCGACUGGUACUCUCCUGGCAAAGAUGAUCAAGGAAACAUACCCCGAGGACCUCGUCACUGUGGUGAAUGGAGGUCUAGAUCUCUCGAAACGCUUCUCGCAGCUCAAAUUUAAUCACAUCCUUUAUACAGGCAAUCCUACAGUCGGAAAGCUCGUGAUGGCCGAGGCUGCGAAGAAUCUCGUGCCGGUGACACUUGAGCUCGGCGGGAAAUGUCCAGUGAUCAUGCAGAAGGGCUCUGUCACAGACGAAAAUGUCGAGAUCAUCAUUGGCACCAAGCUACUGAAGAACGGUCAGAUGUGCAUAUCGGUGGACCACGUUGUGUGCCCUCGAGAUGAGGUCGCCGCUUUCACCGCGGCAGCAGAGCGGAUGUUCAAGUCGAAGUUGGCUGAUUAUACCACAUCGGCAGACAACACCGGCAUCAUCUCUGAGCGCCACCUCAGUCGCAUCAACAAAUUGGUAGCCGAGGCCGAGAAAGCCGGUGUGAAAUCAAUCAAACUUGGUGGAGACCUGCCCUCAGACAACACCAAGCGACAGCUUCCUCUGACACUCUUGGUCGACCCGGGACGAGAUCUAGAGGUAAUGCAAGACGAGAUAUUCGGCCCGAUCCUACCCAUCGUACCCUACGAUGAUCUCAACGCCGCCAUCGACGAGAUCAACGCCGGUGAACGACCGCUCGGUCUCUACGUCUUCGGCGACGACGUUGAAGCCGCCAACAAAAUCAUCGAAAACACCAAUUCAGGCGGUGCUGCGAUCAAUUGCGUCGCUAUACAAGGCGCGCUGCCUUCACUGGGCUUCGGCGGGUCAGGAAACAGCGGAAUGGGUCGACACCACGGAAUCGAGGGCUUCCGUGAGUUCUCGAACCCGAGAGGUGUGUUUACUCGUUCAAGAGCAAACGCCGAUAUGCUCAAGGCUUUCAUGCCGCCGUACGCGGCGCUGGGCGAGCCCUUGGCGGAGGCGGCGUACAAACAAGCGAUGGGCGCCGCGUAG